AUGCGCUCAAUGUGAGUAUCGCCUCAGUCGGUGGCGCCACAGCUGUCCUCCCCUCUCUGCUCUUCUCUCUCCGCUUCUUCCUUUCAGGCUGCGUCUUUUAGGAGCGCACGCAACGCGACGAGGAGCUCGAGGAAACGCGUCGCUCCCCAGCUUCAGUCUACACAUUCACUUCUGAUCGUUGGAUUAACAGGGGCAGAGGUGGUGCUCGUCCAAUCCCGCCUAAUUCAGCUGAAUUGAGGGACAGAGUGUAAUUUCCCCUCUUGGAGGGAAGAGUGCCUUCUUUCUUUCUUCUUUUUUCUUCUUUUGAUUUCGGAGAGUUGCAGUUCGUAGAAAGAAAAUGCAUCUGAGCCAACAAAUCUGACGGAUACUGGACUUACAACUAAAGAAGGUUAAUGAAGAGGAAAAAAUCUACAUCAUAGGAGCAAUUAAAAUCUUCUAUUCAAGGGAGUGCAUUCCAUUCAGAAGCAAUUGGAUGAGAGACUCAUUAGCCCUCGGCAACUAAAGAUGAUGUUACCAUGGAAACAAAUUGUUCUGCUAUCAAUCACUGGAUGCCUUGCAGCUUGUACAGAGGAUGUCAUAUUUCAAGGGCCAAGAUGGAGGACAGAGCCAAGCGACCUCAUUUUGCCAAUCAACUCCCCGGACCACCAUGCGACUAUCACGUGCGAGGCAGAGGGGAGCCUUCAACUGCAGUACAGAUGGUCACUGAACGGGACACUCAUUGAUCUGGGCAACGACUACCGGCGUCACAUGUCUGGGGGCAGCCUGAUCAUUAGCAACCUGGACAAGGACCAAGACACGGGGGUGUACCAGUGCAUGGCUUUCAACACAUGGGGUUCCAUCCUGAGCCGUAGAGCCAGCAUCCAGUUUGCAUAUCUGGACAACUUCAAAACACUGUCGGUGAGGAGUGCCGUCAACGUCCGUGAGGGCCAAGGAGUGGUUCUUUUAUGUGGAGCUCCGCCACAUUCUGGAGAGCUGACAUUUGCAUGGAUUUUCAAUGAAUACCCGUACUCCGUCCAACAAGACAGCCGAAGAUUCAUCUCUCAGGAGACUGGAAGCCUGUAUAUAGCCAAAGUGGAGCCCUCAGAUGUGGGCAACUACACUUGUGUGGUUAACAACACUGUCACAAAGCAGAAGGUUCUCAGCUCUCCAACACCAUUGGUCCUCAGGAGUGAUGGUGUAAUGGGUGAAUAUGAGCCCAAAAUAGAAGUUCAUUUUCCAGAUUCGGUUCCAGCUGCAAAGGAAUCGGCGGUCAAACUGGAAUGUUUUGCACUAGGAAACCCUGUCCCAGAAAUAAGCUGGAGGAGAACUAGCGGCGUCCCUUUCCCCAGCAAAGUCAAAAUGAAGAAUUCGAAUGCCGUCCUUGAAAUUCCUAAUUUUCAGCAGGAAGAUGCAGGAACGUACGAAUGUAUAGCAGAGAACCGACGGGGCAAAAAUGCUGCUCGGGGUCGUGUUUCUUACCAUGCUAAACCUCAGUGGCUCCAAACAAUAACAGACACAGCUCAGUCCAUCGAGGAGAACCUCUUCUGGGAGUGUAAGGCCAAUGGAAAGCCAAAACCAUCCUACAGUUGGCUGAAGAAUGGCGAGCAAAUGAUGGCUGAGGGCCGUGUACAAAUCGAAAACGGAGCCCUUUCCAUAACAGCGUUAAACCUGUCAGAUUCCGGGAUGUAUCAGUGUGUGGCUGAAAACAAACAUGGCAGUGUUUAUUCCAGUGCCCAGCUAAUGGUGUUAGCUUCACCACCGAGUUUCUCCAAAAGUCCAUUAAAGGCCUUGCUAAAAGCUCGCUCAGGCAGUGAAGUCACUCUUGAAUGCAAGCCCCAGGCCUCGCCCCCAGCAAUUAGCCUGUGGAAGAAGGGGAAUGAGAUCCUGCAAAGAACUGAAAGGAUUGCUUUGUUUCCAAAUGGAACUUUAAAGAUUGCCAAUGUAACCAAACGGGACGCAGCUAGCUACACCUGCACCGCCAAAAAUAGGUUUGGAACAGCCAGUACAACUGGGAGGCUCCUCAUCACUGAGCCCACCAGAAUCACCAUGAGGCCCACUAACAUGGAGAUUAUUGUUGGCGAGAGCAUCGUGCUGCCCUGCCAGAUUGCCUGUGAUCCAGCUCUGGACGUCUCUUUCUCAUGGGCAAUCAACGGCCAGCUCAUCAACUUCCAGGGAGACCGCGAUCAUUUUGAAAGAGUGGGUGGGAGUAUAUCAGGGGAUCUGAUGAUUCGCAACAUCCAGCUGAACCACGGUGGGAAGUAUGUCUGCGUCAUCGACACAGAUGUGGAGAGCCUGUCCACUUCUGCCAUUCUGGUUGUCAAAGGUCCUCCGGGCCCUCCAGAUAAAGUUGCAGUGGAGGAAAUCACUGACAGUACAGCUCAGCUGUCCUGGACUCCCGGAAGAGACAACGGGAGCCCCAUAACGGGUUACAUAAUUCAGGCUCGGACACCUUUCACUGUGGGUUGGCAGGCUGUAGAUACAGUGCCGGAGGUUGUCAAUGGCAACAUGCUGACAGCCACUGUGGUCGGUCUCAACGCCUGGGUGGAGUAUGAGUUCAGGGUGGUGGCCCGAAAUAUUGUGGGCCUUGGAGAGCCGAGUCCAGCUUCAGCCAAGACCAGGACAGAAGAUGCUAUUCCUGAUACAGCUCCCACUGAUGUCGGAGGUGGAGGCGGCACAAAGUCUGAAUUAGUGAUAACAUGGGAGCCUUUGUCCGAGGAACUGCAGAAUGGUGAAGGCUUCGGCUACAUAAUCGCCUUUAGGUCUGUGGGCAUGGUCAAGUGGACGCGGGCAAUCAUCUCCACACCCGGUGUAUCCCGUUACGUCCUCCGGAACGACACCAUCCGUCCCUUCUCACCUUUCGACGUCAAAGUGGCGGCCUUUAACAACCGAGGGGAAGGGCCGUUCAGCUCCAUCGCGACAGUGUACUCGGCAGAAGACGUCCCCAGUGUGGCUCCUAAGAUGGUUAGGGCCAGAAGUUUGUCGGCAGCAGAAAUUGAAGUGAUCUGGGAAAUUCUCCCUUCCCUUCCAGAAAGAGUUCUGGGAUAUGAGGUUGUAUACUGGGAAGAUGACACCAAGCCUGACACUGUUGGCAAAGUGCGCAUUACUGGAAACUACACACAGGUUAACAUCACAGGGCUGAAAGCAAACACGGUGUACUACCUUGCUGUGGCUGCCUUUAAUACUGCCGGGCCCGGGCCACAGUCAGCACCUAUCAACAACACCACAAGGAGACCACCACCAGACAGGGCUCCGCUCAACAUACAAUGGAACAUGAUUGGCUCCACACUAACGCUGCACUGGGACCGCGUAGUUGCCAUGGAGACAGAGUCAAAGGUGACAGGAUAUCUGGUGAUGCUAAAAAGACAUCGAUACAACGACAUUCACACCAUCUUCACCAACAAAACCACUGCCGAGCUCAGUCUCUCAGCCAGCGACAACUAUCUUAUUCAGAUCAAGGUUCUGAGCGAAGGCGGGGAAGGUGUGGGCAGCGAACCCAUUCACAUCCACAAAUUAAGCAUGGGAGCUCGGGGUUCUGGAGCCAACAGUCUCAGACGUCUGUCUUGCUCCACAGUCCUCAUCAGUGCAUUCUUCUGCUCUGUCUGGUGAUGUCAAGCCUCCACCCCUCUUCUUUCAUCCCUUCAUUCAGCUUGUCCUAUGUUGAACCCCCCCACUGGACAAAGGUCCGGGUUUCAGAAGCAGAACUUGGAAGAAAGGGGAAAAGGACGAGACCACAUAAAACUCUUAAAGGGAACAUGCCUCUUCAUUUAAAUAGCCAUCCAAAAGAAGUGACGAAUCAUCUGGAUGAUAUUUUCUGCAACUUCUUCCUUUGACAAAAACGUGCCACCCUUCUCGAGAUUUCAUUUUAGAAGUUGUCUUAACCUUGUUUCAUAACUUUUAAGAUCAAAUUGCCUUAAAACCCACUUUGAUGAAACGGUCCAUACCAAAGUAGGCAAAAGUGGCUGCUUAUAUAUACAAAAGUGUUUGCAAAAAAACACAGUAAUUUUCACAGCAGAGUCUUUACAUAUUAUUCUUUGGUUGGGCCCUUAAUUUAGCUUGUCAGAUUAAUCUAAAACCAUUCAUUCAGAUGCAUGCUGUUCACCAAAUUGAUGCUAAUGCAGUUCCUUGGAAAACCACUCACAUCCCUUGACCUUUUUCUAAAUUUUGUCAUGUUUCAACCGUCUACCUCAGUGUAUUUUAUUUAAAAUGGAAGUAAAUGGAUAUGUUGUUUUUAAGCUUUUUAUUAGUACAAAUAUGAAAAGUGUGGCAUGCAUAUGUGUUUUGCCUACUCUUCUUUGACACUUCUGAAAAAGCCAAUGCAACUAUUGCUUUUAGCAGUCAUCUUAAAAUGCAUUCAUCAUCUUGAAGAAAUAUUAAGAAGCUCAGUCAAGUUGAAUGGUUACGAGGUUGAAUAAGGUCUCUACUUUAACUGGGCCAUUCUAACACAUAAAUGUGCUUUAAAACCUUUGUAGACCCAGCUCUAUGUUUAGGUUCGUUGUCAUACAAAAAGGUGAACUUCCACCCUUGUCUCAAGUCUCUUGCACCCUCCAACAGGACUGCUAUGAAAUGUUCUCUCCAUGAAAGCUGACAAGCUUCCUGGUCAUUGCUGAAGAAAAUUAUCCCCAUGGCAUGAUGCUGCUACCACCAUGAGCCACUCUGCAGAACGUGGGAUACCCUGAUCUGAUCUGAGCUGAAUACCUUUUUCCACAUGUUGUGUUGUCCUUUACAAGACGUGUGGUAAAAUGCAAAUGGCACUCCAUAUGGCUUCCACACAGAACAGCUGUAUUUAUAGUCCCACACACUUAUGCAUUUAUCUUGCUUUUUAUUCAUGUGACUUCUGAGGGCAAUUGGUUGCAUUGGAUUUUAUGUAGAGGAAUUAGAUUCAAAUGGGUUUGAUCCAUUUGCACACCACACUUUGCAGAUUGUUAUGUUGUAAAAGAUUGACAAAACAAGUUUUCUUUUUGUUUCACAUCAAAAUUAUGCACUACUUUGUGUUGACCUGUGUGUUGCAUAAAAUGUUAAUAAAAUACAUUGAAUUAAUGUGGUAAAAUGGGAAAAAGGUCCAGGGGUUUGAAUACUUUUGCAAGGCAUUGUAUCAAUAUCCAUUGCAGCUAUAAGAGCUUUACCAGGCUUUGUCAAAUAUAUGAUUGAUGCAUAAUUGAUCAGCUGGGCCUGAAACCCAUUUAUCGCUGACUACUGAAAUAUUAUUAAACCUGUUAGAGUUACAGGUUUGUGAGCUUUAGACCCCUUCCACAACACUCUGAUAGAUCUUGGCAUUUUGCUCUCCAUCUCAUGCUCCUCUUAAUAAUAAAUGCCUAUCACACUCUGCAUUCUAAGUCCAGCGGAAAAAUUGGGAUAGAGGAGAGCACACAUGUGGUGUAGCUACAUCAAGCUGAUCCCAUGUGUACUGUUCCAUCUCUAGACAGAGACGUGUUCUACAUCAUAUAGCGGAAAGUGUACCAUCAACAAUGCCAAACUAGCACUUGCCACAGUGCACAAUGAACUGCAAGAUAACAGUGCCUUCACUGGAGCUCACCCCAGCGUUUUUCUUUCUUUCCCUUGUAAUAGAGUACAGAAGGAUUCAUGUUGUGACAGGGGAAUUGUUUGCUUUUCUGAAGAAUAUUAGCAACAAAAGACAGGAAGCUUGGAAUGUAGAAGCAUGCCCUUAUCAGAAAUGGUAUGCUGAUUAAAUUUUCAUUGGGGCCUGGGAGCGUUUCCAGUUAAAAGGGUUGGCCGAUUCACAAAAGCUUCAAUAGGUUUCAAUACAAAAGUGGAAAUUUUUGUCAGUAUUUCUGAUCUGCGGUAUAAUAAAUGUACGACUCCAUCUGUAUCAUAAUUUAUGAGCUAUUAAGGUAUCAGAAUAAUGGAAGGGGUCUGACUAGAAGCGGUGCUGAAGGCGUGGCUGUCAUUUUACCCCCACUGUACCUCCAUCUGUUGGACUCACAGGGCUGAAGAGUAACAAUGGAAUAUGACCACUCUGCUGAGGAGGCCCCCUUUUUGCAGCCUUUCAUCGUCCAAACAGAAACUGAGGUGUGACUUAUAUGGUCCAGGCAAUGUUAGCUGGAUGGAAAGACAGUUGAACUUUAAAUGUUGAAUUACUGUGCCUUUUCCAAACAUGUGGUUGUGUACAGUCCUUAGCUUACAGCCUUUUUUGAACUCUGUAACCCCCAAAAACCUCGCAGCCGAAGUCAAAUAAAAGCACAAAGAAUUGAUGCAAGGUGACUGGAAGUCUUCACCUCAUCUGAGCAGGUGUUGCGAGACCUCGGAGGAAUCAUAAAAGGUCCAAACGGCCAACAUUAUCAGCCUGUCCUAUCUGCUCCUUGACUGGAUUCAUAAAACUCUGUGCUCGUUGAUUAGACUCCUGCAGACCAGUCAAUGGGAUAUUGAUUUUCCCAGCCCAUUAUUGCGGCUGUCACAUUUCAGCCGUUUGACUGACUGAUGGGCAAGCUCUUAUGCACCUGUUCUAUUGUGUUACAGUCUGUAAUGUUUUAAAUGUCCUCCACUAUUUCCGCUUCCUACUUCCCAUCCAUUGGCUUUAUAGUCAUUCUUUUCAUUUUAAUGUUUUGCUUUGAACAGAAAUUUCUUAGAAAUUUCCGAUUUUUUUGGAAGGUUUUCAUCUUUUGAUUUAGAAACAUUGGUGUAUUAGUGAAUUGUGAAUUGGAGCACUAACCUGAAAUUGAUGAUCUUGUUGCUUCUUUGAGUUACAUAUCAAAACAAACCCAGCAAUGUGUUUUCAUUGUAGUUUAGCUGUUUCGUUAUUUUUAGGAGCAUGGAAAGCCAGUCACACCAGGAUUUAAAAACUGUAAAAUCCACCCUUGACAACAAGUCAUGCGUGCUUUGACAUUUUGAAUCAAGGUUUUUUUUUUUGCUUUGCUUUUUUUUAUCUAAAUUAAAUCAGUUUGAAAUAAUUGAGCCACUCACAAUGUUCUUAGACAUAAAAACAAAAAUAGAUAGCACUUAUAUUAUUAUCCAUGUUGCAACAUUACCAUUAAUUUAACCAUAAUAAUUCAUUUAUAGCUAUAUUACUAAUCAAUAUCUUGUGUUGGGCAAAUAAUGAGUUACAUUUUCAAAUACUGCAACUUCUUAGGAGCUUUAUUACCCAUCAGCUCAACUUCAGGUCAACUUUGUUCAUUUAAUUAAUAAAGAUUAACACAAGAGGAUACACAAGGGUUCACGAGAACAUGACAAGAUGAGAUUUUAAGCAAAGAUUUUACGAACUAUACAAUGCUUUGGAAAGAUUCUCUUAUCAAUGUAGAACAAUCUAGUCCAAGUUUGACCACCUGAUGUACAGGGGUCAUUAAUGUAAAAUUCACACCAGGUGUUGGCAACAACCCAAGCAUUUUUGCAGCCACAGAGAAAUCCAUGCAGCUUAGUCUACCAAUGAAACUAUAGGUAAUAAAAUUUGAAUGCCACUCAAGAGAUGUAUUAAAUACACGAAGAAAAGAAUGUUCAAAAAUACAUAGAAAGCCAAAACGAGAUGAAAUCUGUAAGUAUUUAGAAGGCAUUCCAGCUGCCAUGUGCAAUUCCACAUCAGCUGGUUUAAUAUUAACUGUUGACCUGCAAAAUGGUUUCUCAUUAACAAAGUAUUGCAAAGAGUGGUACGGUAAGAGCAAAAAAAGAAAUCUUACUGUCACAAAACAUACUAAUUGCAAUGGUUACAGCUGCAGUUCUACAUUUAUAAAGGUUCCCAUGAGCACAGCUGAAGGUGAAAUGAAAACCAUUUAACCAUAAACCUGAUGCCCCUUGUAAGGUUUCUGACAGAGAAGUCAAAAGAAUAAUAAAAGAGUUACCGAAGAGCCAAGGUGAACUUGCAGAGAUCCAGAAAGACCAGUAAAUAGCAGGUACAGGUUUUCACAGAAAAACAAUAAGAAAGGCAACCAACCAAAAUGUCCUCUAUGCACACUCACCGUGUGCUGCAUGCUGAGGAUUGUUUAACGUUUGCUGCAGAAGAUUUGGACAUACAUGUGAAAUAAUGGAGAAUACUGGUCAGAUGAGGGUAAAGUUGAAUUCAUUGGAUGUCACUGCACUCACCAUGUUUGGAGAAAAAAUUAUGAUGCAUGUAGCCCCAAAAACACCAUUCUAAAAGUGAUGUUUAAAGGUGAGAACAUCCUGAUGUGGGAUGUCUUAUUGUAUAUAGUACUCACAAACUUUGUAUAACUGAAGAUAGUGUAAGUGGAGAAAUGUGCUGGGACAUUUUGAUAAGAACCUGCAUAUAAAGCAAAUGGGAAUUUUCAAGAGAGACGAUAGUCCCAAAGAGGAAACUCUUGAGUUUCAGAUGAGGAAAGUAAAACUGCUGAAAUGGCCCAGUUCAUCAUCUGACUUGUAUCCAACUGAAAAUCAAUGGGAAUCUUUUAGCUACAUGUGGACUGAUUUGCUUUGCUUUGGUUUGUUUGUGUGGGUUACAUGCGUUGUUGCCUAUGUCUGGGGUACAUUUUCAGUCAAUACCCUUUUUAAGAAUUUUUAAACUAAGAAAAUGUUGACUCAAUCAAUACCUAUUGAUUGACUGUGGUUUCAUAUAUGUCUCAUUCUAAAGUGCUCCUAAUGCCAAAAAGCACGUAAAAUGGUACGACAACAGGCUAUCAUGUUUCGGACUGGGUAAAGUGUAUUACUAAUUAUGUAACAAUGCAUCCAGUUCAUAAGACCAGACGAUACACAUUAUUAAAUUCAUGAAAAUUAGAUGAGACAAAAUUUUAAUCCAGUUUUUUUGUUUUCAAAAAUGUACUAAAUAUUUAUAAUAAUAGAUUACACUUUGUGUCUCAAAUGAUAUAUAACUGGUAUGAUUAAAUUUGAGGUGGUCUAUUGAAGCACAUUGGAUUGUCAAGUAGACGGCAAUUAAGAAUCUACAACAUCGUACUUAAAGAGUUCCUUUUUUUAUGCACUUCACAAAUUGAUGAUUUAAAAAGAUGCUGUUCAAUAAAAUGACAAAGCUCAAGUUUAACCAGUCCAAUUUUUUCAGAUUUUGAAAUAGAGAUUAUCAAAUCUAGUCCAGAUUCCCUAGGAAUUGUAAAAUAGCUUUUUAACUACCACUGAUAGGACACUGGGAAGCCAUUCUCUCUUCAUCUUGGCUCUAAUAUGGAUAUACCUUUUUAUAAUAAUUUCUACUUUUUUUCAAUAUUUCUGCAUUUCAUAAGGUUUUUCCACUUUUUUCUCAUAUGAUUUAGAGUUUUUUUGUAAUUAUUUUAGACGUUUUUAAAUCUUUUUACAAAACAAAAGAAUAUUUCUUAGUUAAAUAUUUGAUCAGCUUCAUUUUAGUUUUUCAAUAUUACAUUUUAUGGUGCUAAGUACAAUUCAAUUUCAACAUGUAAUGCAGUGGAGUUUCCUGGUGUGACCCAGCUUCAAGGCUCUUUGAUAAAAGUGGUGUGUGAAAUUUCCAAAUGAAGUAUCCUAACUGUCAAAUCGUAUGCUAACAUAUUCAUACUUGACAUUGCGUAACUGUGGGCAACUUUUUUUUGUGUUAAGCCUAAUGUCUUUUUUUUUAUUCUCAUGCUCAAAAGCGAAAAAAACAAGUAUAUAUAUAUUCUUGGCCUUGUGCUUCAAUUAAUGCUACAAAGUACAAUCUUAAGGAAAGAUGGUUAUCACAGUCAGCUUUAUGGAUUAGAACUGAAAUGAUCAAAGAACAGCAACAUGUCUAUUAAUAUCCAUGAUCUCCAUACAGACAGAUGAGCUUCAGUGGUUGGAAAGGAGAGAAAAUGGUAUAAUGUAUAUAGCUUGCAUAUGAUUUUUAAACAUGGCCAUCAAAGACAACCUUACUUGUUUUAUAUAGUGUGUUCUCUGGCUUUAAUACUGAUGUAUUAAUCAAUGAUCUCUGUGAGAUACUGACAUGUAGAGUGGCAUUUUCAUAUUGAAAAGUAACUGUAUAAUAUACUAAAAUUGUGCAUGGUAAUUAUUGUUAAUUUGUGUUUUUUUCUAUAACUGUAACUUAGUAAAAAUGUUUAUUCCA